GCCAACAGCGAGUCUCGCCACCGCGCUCCAGUCAGUAAAAUCCGGCCACUCGCAGCCACUCGAGGCGGCCAAGCCUCGACUCAUUCGAGACCAGACGCCGUUCUUGCGACACUCGCGAGCUCUCCUCCGCAUGUGCGCGUAGUGCUAUCGUGUUGUGAUGUUCGGCUAUGUCGGCGGAACCGCGGUGAGAUGGACUAUUUCGUGAUCUUAGUGUGUUUGAUCAGCAGUGUCGUCGUGAUAUGUGGUAAUAUCCCGCCCAAACGGCUCCUGAAACCGACAGCACCCGCUCUCAAAGAACCGGUGCUCGUCCAAAAGUGCUGCGAGGAAUGGGAGCUCAUGGUCGACGGCAAGUGCCGGCCAGGCAACGAGACCGAUGACACCCAGUUGUGGAAACCCAUGUUCACGGACGAGUUCGGCAGCACGAACCUCCAGGUGCCGUUCAACCUGAGCAUCGGGAUUCCCGACUGUGGAACGAGGCAGCAAUGGCCGAUUCACCACUACACCAACUCGGAGGACCGACUCAUUCUCCUGCCGGACGGAAAGCUCCGCCACUAUAUCGUCGAGCCGAAAAAGGCCGGCGACUACGGCGAGACGGAUGACGUCACGCAGGAGAGGAUCCCGGGUAAAGGACCCGAGCACAUAGCAGAUCUCUCCUUCUACGACUACCACCACGGCCAGUAUUGUUUGGACAAGAUUUUAUAUACCGAGAGCGCAGAAAGUCCUGUGGAGGCACAGUUUGCGAUAGUCUGUACUCCAGAAAGUGAGAUGGCAAAAACAUGGCAGAACACAGACUUUGUCUUCCGCCGAGUACUCAAUCCAGUUUUCCACACUAUUGCAAUGGUGUGCUUCCUCAUAGUAGCCAUCGUUCAUUUUGUCUUUCCCCAACUGCGUGACUUGGUUGGCAACAUCAUUACGACAAUAUCGGUUUGCUUCUUUGUAUCAAAUGCAGCAGAAGUGGUUAAAAUAUUCACAGAAUUCCACAAUGAACUCAGCUACCUCGUUGCAGAUGCUUUGGGUUACUUCAGUCUUUUAGGUGCAUUUUUUUGGCUGAAUGGUUUGGGGUACUACAUAUGGAAAACUUUCAGAUCUCGAAAUGUAUUUUUGCGAAUCACAGAUGGGCGAAAAUAUUGCUAUUAUUCCAUUUACGUUUGGGGUUCAACCAUUACAAUGGCAGCAGUUGCCAUAUUCGCCCACCUAAUGUUAGACACAGAACAAAACACUGAUAGUCUGGCUCCAUCUGCAUUCCCUGCGGGUGCAAUCAGAUGGUUAGGCAUAGCAGUAUUUUUUAUGCCUAUCGCUUGCACGAUACUAGUCAACAUAUUUUUUUACGUCUCAACAGCACAAAUAAUCAACCGUAUGCGAACAUAUGGAAGAAUACACCAUAAGAUGAAAUAUAAUUUCCAAACUUUCAUAAAGAUGUUCCUUGUGAUGACAAUCGGUUGGAUCUUCAUGAUUUUGUCAUGGAUGCACAAUAAUCUCCUCUCUUACUUGUACAUCAUCAUGGGCCUCUUACAUGCCUUGUCCAUAUUUUACAUUAGUAUAGUUAGUCCUAAAAAAGUACGUUUCCUCCUUCGGAAGGCUUGUUGUUAUGAAAAGUGCAUCUUUCCUUGUUGUCGACCUGGAGAUGAUGCUCAAACAACCGACUGGGGAGAGGAAAUGAUGGCGAUGAAUGUGUCACCCUACUAGAUUUAGUAAAUUUUGAGGUUGUCAUCUUUUUGACUUGAUGUGUAGAUGAGUGUUGAAACCCAUCAAUGCGAGGGAUUCUUCAUUAUGAAAAGCCUUCCAAGCCAAUAUUUUGAGUGAUCCUUGAUGAAUACACUUGUAGAAUGUCAAAUUCAUGUCAAUACCAGUUCUUAAUAAAUGCUCAUUUAAGUGAUGAAAAUUCCUGAACGCAGCUUUGAUAAAAGGAAUCUAAACAAGGAUUAAGAAAAAUCACAUUUCCUUGUUUUUCCUCCCUCCUAGAAUGUUUUUCACAAAUAAAACUUGUGAAAUCUAAAAUCAGUUUAUUAAACUAAAGAUUGUACUGCAAUGGAGGGUGAAAAGGAAACCAUAAAUAUCGUUAAUUUAAACAACGAGUACUGUAAAUGACAGAUGCAGUUUGCUCGUUGAAUAAACAAAGUGUUUUUUUGACUAGGAGUAAGGUAGAUGAUACAAGUAAUAUCCUAAAAUACGUAAAAUCUAAUGAGUUCAUCCAAUAUUCCUUGUAACACUUUUUAGUAUCAAGAGAGAGAGGAUGAAAAUUGAUCGGGAUCUUGAUGAUUUAUUGACUUGAACAGCUAAAAUUGCUGUAUUUCUCCUCCACUUACUGUCUUAAAAUAACUUUUUUUUUUCUUUGAUACCGGUAAAUAAUUACCAGGACACAGGACUCAAAGGACUCAAUGUGUCAACUGGCAUGAAAAGCAAAUUUUAGAAAAUUAAAAUUGAAUCCAUCCGUUAGGAAUUGCAGAGAAGGCUCUGGUUGGAACAUAUGCUUUCUUCUCUCUUUUUUAAAUCCACUUUUUGUGAAAAUUAUAAAACUAUCUAAUUGAACUGAUAGAGACAAGAUUUUUUCCCAGGAAGUUCUAUUUUGUAGUUGGAAGCCAGGGAUAUAGGCAAAAUCUUUUAGGAAAAUCAAGUUGCGUCCAUUCUUAAAAUACUUCUUGAAAAGAGCUCCGGGCAAAGUAAAAUUUUAGUAGCAAUAUCCUGCACCUGGUGCCAGAUACCUGGUCUCAGAGAUUGCAAGUUAAGCUACUCAUGUUGGAGUCGCUGCACAAUUUCCUUCUGAUCUCAACUCUGUGAAAAAGUGAUUAAGAUUCAAUGGCUUUUAAAGGCUGGUAAAAAUUGAGCUCAGUGUUUGGCUUAUAACUUUUAAGGAAAUUAAUCCUAAAAUUUUUACAAAAGAGGUUCAAGGUUUAGCUUUGUUUUUUUUUUUUAUUAUUAUUUUUUUUUAAAAAAUAACUGGAUAAAUGAAUGUUUGUCUCAAAUUCUGGCAUUACCUUUGAAUUGAGUUCUUUACUCAAAAAGCACACUAUUGCAGUGAUAAGUGACUACAUGAUAUUAACUUCCAUUAUUUUAAUCAUCACUCAUGGUGCUUAAAAGAUUCUUUUACACAGAGAGGAACGGAAAUAGUUCACAGUAGAAUUUUCGACGCCUAAUGUCAUGUCAUGAUUAGGCUAUCAUUAAUACUCAGAGAUGUAAUUUUGAAUUUAUAAUUGUUUCCUAGAUUUUUGUACCAAAAAGGAAAUGGAUUUAUCUGUGAUUUUCAUUGCUUUAAUAAGUUUUUGUCGAAUAAUCUGACACAGUCAUCCAAGUUAGUUUUCCUAAUGAGUGAGGGAUAAAUUACCUGAAUAGAAUGAUCUGUCUUUUUUUGUACAUUUUUAUAAAUAAAUGAUUUUUUUCUCUUUUUAUUGAA